AGGCCGACGGCCCGGCCGGACCAGGCCGAUCCGUCCGAUCGUCUCAUUGGUGGUAAAAGAUCCGACCAACCGCCAUCGAGCUUCUGUCCAAAAUAUAUUCGAGGCGCCGUUCGCUGUCGAACGACAUCACGAAAAAAGGGAAAUCCUCUCGGCCCAAACGGCGGACUUUCAUUUUAUUUAUUUUUUUUACAAUCCGGACCGAGACGGAGUGAGACCCGAAUAAAAAAAAAGGGAGAUGAAAACGAUAUCGCGUGUCUCACACGUCGUCGUUCUCCGGUAGAAGGGAGGGAGCGAGAGGAAACCCGCCAUGCCGAAUGGACUUCCUCAUCCUCUGGGAGGACGUUUCACAUUCUACAUAAACACAGGAACUGAUUCUGAACCUCCGUCUCUCUUGAUUUCGGUGAUGCCUGCACCAUUUUCCAUUAGCCAACGCCCAUAAUAACACCGUAUGCUGAGGGGGAUUUCAUACGUAUAGAAAAGACACUUCUAAUCCCAUAUCGUAAAGCUCAUGAAAUCUAAAGUGCCUUAUGUGUAGUAAGAAAAAGUAUUUUUUUGAGGGGUGUUUUUUUGUUGUUGCGUUACCAAGGAACUGGAAAACACCAGCCGGGCCCUCGCACUGGAGCACGGUUCUGAUUCCAGACGUACGUCCUAAUCAGGAUCGACUUCAGUGGAUAUUACAAUUACUGAAAAUAGCUUUCCCGACGGAUAGAGAGCUUCAUCCUGCUGAGUCCAGAGAGGCUAAUCCGCGCUGCACGCGGCCGCGUGGCCGUCAAAGGUUUUCUAUUAGAGGAAGUGAUUCUCUCUCCGGAGCCGCAGACAAUAACACAGACACCUAAACCCCGUAUCUCGGAGCUCCCGGGGGAGGGGGGGGGGAUUCUUCCUCCGAGGUGGCUUUACACCACAGGCUUAACUGGAGUAAGCUUGUACCAAGUUAAUGAAGUAAGAGCAGCUUAUUUGAUUAAGAAUGCAUCCAAAGAGGACGACACUGAAGACGGAUCGAUGGGUACUGGGACCGCGAGAGGUGGCUUUCAUAGAAGGCUUCUUGCUUUGAAGGACGAGGUACAUGAACACACUCUACCUAGACUCUACCUACACUCUACUUAUGCUCUACCUACACUACCUACAGUCUACCUACAGUCUACCUAUGCUCUACCUACACUCUACCUACAGUCUACCUACGCUCUACCUACAGUAUACCUACAGUCUACCUAUACUCUACCUACAGUCUACCUACACUCUACCUACACUCUACCUACACUCUACCUACAGUCUACCUACACUCUACUUAUGCUCUACCUACACUACCUACAGUCUACCUAUGCUCUACCUACAGUCUACCUACACUCUACUUAUGCUCUACCUACACUACCUACAGUCUACCUACAGUCUACCUACGCUCUACCUACACUCUACCUACAGUCUACCUACAGUCUACCUACGCUCUACCUACACUCUACCUACAGUCUACCUACACUCUACCUACGCUCUACCUACACUCUACCUACAGUCUACCUACGCUCUACCUAUGCUCUACCUACACUCUACCUACAGUCUACCUACACUCUACCUACAGUCUAUACUCUACCUACAGUCUACCUAUGCUCUACCUACACUCUACCUACGCUCUACCUACACUCUACCUACAGUCUACCUACACUCUACCUACAGUCUACCUACACUCUACCUACGCUCUACCUACAGUCUACCUACACUCUACCUACGCUCUACCUAUGCUCUACCUACACUCUACCUACAGUCUACCUACGCUCUACCUACAGUCUACCUUCACUCUACCUACGCUCUACCUACACUCUACCUACAGUCUACCUACGCUCUACCUACAGUCUACCUACACUCUACCUACGCUCUACCUACACUACCUAAACUCUACCUCCACUCUACCUACAGUCUACCUAAACUCUACCUACAUUUACAACCAUUUCUGUCUUUUUUGGACAGAUUUCUUUGUUCGUCUUUAUAAUUAUUUUUGUCGAAUCGGAUCAGAACCGACAAAAAUGGUCUGGGUGGGGAAACCAUCGAGAGGAAGAGUUUCCAAGAGCUAGAAAAGAAGAUUGUUCCAGAAAAAGGAGGCACCCCCACUAAGACUUAAGUGUAUCCGUGUCACGUAGAUUCACAUAUGCCCCGCCCCUUUUUGUAUGACCAAAGAAGAAAAAAAUGUUGAUCCAUUGGACGAACACGUUGGGAGACCAUUUCCAGGAACUUUAGUUAUGGCGUGUCUUUGAUCGUUAUUACACUCGUGUCUGUGUGGUAAAUAGCUAGCUGUAGCCAGUUAGCUUAGCAUAAAGACUGGAAAUAAAGGGGAACAGCUAGCUUCUUUCUUAUUUCUUAGCUUAUUUAUUCCUGAGCAUAACAGAAAUGUGUAUGGUUUUAAAUCAAGUAUUCAGCUGUUUUAAAUCUACUCCAUACAUGUUUCAGCUGUAUGUGAUUAUAAUCCCUGUGAUGAUGUUUUUAUGUACAAUUCAGAAAUCGGCACUGUUUUGAUUUCAGCCCUUUUUUUUGGUCAGAUUUUUGGGGUCGUGAAAUAAAAACUGCCAAAAUCAGACAAUUUAGAGUUCCCUCCAAAGCAAUACAGGAAGAGAUAGUUGACGACUACGACUACCAACCUUUAAUAUUACAUCACACUCUGGAAAACUGAUUUUGAUCAGAUAAUCUGUCGGUAUUUUAACUCUCCUUUUCAUAAUGUCUUUUUAAUCUGUGAAGCGUGCUCAUCCACCUUCGCUCCUCUUCAUCACGUUCAGAAUCUGAAGUGUCCGUCUCCGGCCUUUCUUUUGUUCUGUAAUUAAUCCGGAGAGAUGAAAGCACCCUGGGGUGCUCCUUCAUCUCCCUCUGAUGUCACAGGGGCUCGACGCAGAUUGUGAUAAAAUCGUUAGUUACGGCAAUAAGACAGAGGAUGUAACGUAUUCACUAUAAUAAACUUCUGUUUUUAUGGGAAGUACAAUAAUUCUAAUGCUUGUGCUUAUUUGUGUGAUUACCCUGUUAGUCCAAUAAAUAUAUCAGAGGCUUCAAGAGCAUCUUAAAUUAAGACAGAUACCAAAACAACAUAUAAACAUGUUAUUACUGCGUGUCCAAGUCAGUCUGUUAGCCAUGCUGUGUGUAUAAAUUGUGCGUUUACUACAUCAACGUGUGUGUAUUAUUUUAAAUGUGCCGCUCUGCAGUCGUCACUGACUCCAGAAGGGAACAGCUUGUCGACGUCGUCACGA